AAAAUAAUACAAAUUUAAUUAAAUUUACUUAAACAUAAUAAAUAAAUAAAAGUGUCAAAAUUAAAAAAAUAAAUAAAAAAGUGAAUUGAAACUUUGCUCCGAUUUCAAAAUCAUUGGAUUAUUUCAUUAAUUUUUUAAUAUCCUGAACAAUAUUAAUAAAAACUCGAAAUAAAUUGACAACAUUUCGAUGAUGUCCUAGUUACUAGCGAAAGCUUUUCAAAGAAAAAAAGUAUGUGAAUAUUUAUGUCUGCAAAAAAGCAAAAAAAAACAUAAAUAAUUUCUCUUAUUUAGCUUAAAGUCAUAUGGAUGUGUGUGCCUAAUAAAAGUCUUUAUAGAAAGAAGUUUUAGAAUUUUACAAACAAAUAGUGACACAAUUUUCAAAAAAAAAAAAAAAAAUGCAAGAAGUCUGUACAACAUUAGAAAGCCAAAUGGGCGCUCAAAUUAAAUCAGAAUCACCGCUGAAUGCACUGCAAGUGCAAACCGGUCAAACUGUUGUGCCUGGAGUGUCAACCACGCCACAGCAGGUACAACAGGCCACAGUCAAUGUAACGGCUGCCACAGCCACGGCAAUGCUUAUAAAUAAAAUGGGACCAAACUGUGAUAAACGAGUAAAUGCCAACGAAGCCCCCUACUGGAUGACAGCCAGCGAGGGGGGCUUCAUCAAUUCACAACCGUCAAUGGCAGAAUUUCUCAAUCAUUUAAGUCCCGAAAGUCCGAAAAUAAUGGGUGGUGGUUUGGUAACUGGUAAUGGCGCCGGAGGUGGUGUAACACCAGUCGUUGGCGGAUAUCCGGUUGGUGUUGGUGGACCACCGCAAACACCAGAUGGCAUGGAUUCGGUGCCUGAAUAUCCAUGGAUGAAGGAAAAGAAAAUAUCACGUAAAAAUAAUAAUAACAGUAAUCAAGGUGAUAAUGCAAUAACUGAAUUCGUUCCAGAGAAUGGCCUGCCACGACGUUUACGGACCGCAUACACAAAUACCCAACUGUUGGAAUUGGAAAAGGAAUUUCAUUUCAAUAAAUAUUUAUGCCGGCCAAGAAGAAUUGAAAUUGCAGCCAGUUUAGAUUUAACUGAACGGCAGGUAAAAGUUUGGUUUCAGAAUCGCCGCAUGAAACAUAAACGUCAAACUCUUUCGAAAACCGACGAUGAAGACAACAAGGACAGUCUAAAAGGUGAUGAUGAUCAGUCUGAUAGUAAUUCCAAUUCAAAGAAAUCAUGUCAAGGCUGCGAACUGCCAUCCGACGACAUACCAGAUUCAACUUCAAAUUCCAGAGGUCAUAAUAAUAAUACACCAAGUGCUACGAAUAACAAUGCCAGCGCUGGUAGCUUAACACCCAAUUCUACAUUAGAAUCCGGCAUAUCUUCCAAUCUUUGUGGCAGUAAUGCAGUGUCCGGUUCUAAUAUGGUUAGUGCUGACUCUAGCGUUGCUUCCAGUGGCAGUUUAGAUGAUGAAAUUGAAGAAGGUCCCAUCAAUAAAGUCAAAAAGAAAGAUGAUCAACACAUUAAAAAGGAAGCAAUUGUUUCAACUUCCACCAAGAUCUCACAAUUUAGUGGCUACGAUACGUCCAUUUCAAUUGGCAUUGGUUCGGGCUAUAGACGUGACUCGGAUACAUCUUCCCAACACAGUCAAGCAACGGGCAAUAGUAGUAGCGGUGCCGGUGGUAAACGUCGUUAUCAGAAUUCGAAUGCAGCUGCUAAUAGCAACAACAUAGCGGACGGUGGUGGUAAUUCUUCGUUUUAUCCCAGUUACUAUAACAAUAAACAACCACAACAGCAAUUGCAGUCACCACAACAACAACUACAACAGCAGCAGCAACAUCCACCACAAACACCUUCACAAGAGUACUAUGGGAAAUAUGAUAUUGAAUUCGCCGCAGCUGGUUCACCACAGCAUAUUGCCCAUAGGCUACAACAGCAACAACAGCAAUUACAAAACUCAACAAUGCCAGUACCGAAUGGUGAAUAUCUAAGUCCCAAACCAGACUUUUUAGCAGUUUCACAAAGUUCACCGCACCUCAAGUCAGGGAACGAAGUGGCAACGAAACUACACCAUGGUCCCAAUGUUUUCCAUCAUCCACCAGCACCAACUUCUACCACAGCUCAGCAACUACAACAACCUUUCUAUAAUCACCAUACUGGUGAGGCAUUGCAAUACAAUGCCUAUAACCACCACACUCACCAUGGUGGUAACUAUGUUGGUCCUCCACUAAGUCAACAACAGCAACAACAAAUACCGGGAGAAUUUGAUGCCAGCGGCAAUUUCUAUGAUCCCAAAACUCAAGGUCCCAAUGGAGCUUAUUAUGACCAAAUAAAUUUCCAACAGCCAGCAGAAUUCCAUCACCAUCAUCAGCAGCAACAACAACAACAGCAGCAACAGCAUAGUAUGCCUCAUAUAAAUUCAGCCACUGCUACAGCUUUGGGCAUACACAUGGAAGCGGCACCACCACCGCCACCAUCGUUGCCAACUGGCGCACAUAACCAAAUCCAACAACCAUUCUAUAAUAAUCAUCAUCAUCACCACCACCAUCAUCAUCACGGCCAACAUCAUGGUGUAGAACAGCAGUAUAACCCCCACACUUAUAAUCAACACGGGCAUUUUACUCACCAUCAGCAACAUCAACAACCUAUGAGUGAUAAUCAUGUAGUCCCUCCCAUGUCUGGUGAUGUUCUCUUAGACACCGAUCCACCACCACACAUUCAAAUACCAACCGGUGGUCCCAACAAUAACUUUGUUAAUCCUGCCAAUGUUCAACCGCCCACAAUGCCCGCCCAUAAUGCAAAUUUUCCACAAACUGGACCUGGUGGUAAUCUUAAUGGUUUAGUUGAUAAUUCCAAUAGUUCAUCGGAUUUUAAUUUUUUAAGUAAUUUAGCAAAUGAUUUUGUACCCGAAUAUUAUCAAUUAAGUUAGUUAAUGUAAAUUUCAGAAAUAAUUUUAUAAAAAAAUUGUUUUAAAUUAAGUAGCUACAACAAAGUUUAAUGUGGUGUAUUUUCAAAUUGCAAAUUUUAACUUAAUUAAUUAUUGUAAAUAAUUUUUGUUAUGUUUGUAAAAUUACAAUAGAAAACAGUUCUUAAAAUUUGUACUUUUAAAAUAAUUAUAAGGGGAGCUAUAAACAUAUUUAAAUGAUUUCUUGAAUAUUAUUCUAAAUAUAAACGUAUUUCUAAAAAGAAUAAAGAUGUUUAAAAUUUUCUUCCAUAAACACAGUCUAAUCUAUAGAAUAUUGAUAAAAGUAUUGAUAAAACUAAGAUUUUUUUAAUAAAAGUUUACUAAUUUUAAAAAUACAAAAUAAUUUUUUUAAGCAAUUAUAUUUUCAAACUUAAACAGCAAUAUUAUCACCGACAGCUAUUUCCGAAUAGUUUUUAUAUGUUUUUAUUCCAAAAGAUUUGUUAUAGCCAGGAAAACCAAAAUAUGUUAAUGUAUGUUUUAAACCAUAAAAAUAAUUUUGUCAUCGAUUUUUGCCCAUUUUACUCAUUAAAGCAAAAUUGUCCAUUUUUUGUGCUUAACAUUUUCAUGUUUGUGUAUUUUUAAAAGCAUUUAUUUAUCCCAUAAAGCAUAUUUUGGUUUAUGGGAUAGAAUAUUUUAAAAGGAGGACGUGUCUACAUGAAAUCCAAAGAAAUACACCUAUACCAAUUUAGAGCCAUUCAUGUAGCUACGGAUACCUUCGGGCAUUUAAUAUAUUGUUCCGCUUAAUCAAGAUCAGCGUUACAAAGUUUCCGACAUAUACUGUGUGUUGUAUGCAAUCAGGUAGUUCCGAUGAUUGUGUAUGGCCUUAUAACACAUUGAUGAGGAGUACUAUAACCAAUGUUGGCUAGUUCGCCCAAAGUUAUGAGCCGUUCGGCUGUAAGUACCUCCGCAUAUCUUAUUUAUGUUUCGGUAGUAGUUUGAUAUUAUACUUUUUGUCUAAAGAAGUCAACAAGAUUUUUUAAGCAUAAGCAUAGUUGGACUCAAUUUCAUCAUCUAGCACCGAUGAUGUUGAUCCUAUUCUCUAUGUGGUAAGGUUAACUCCUGAGUAGUUAACUCAGUAUGCUACCGGUAUCUUUUUGCAUAGGAAAAAUAUGUCUUUCAUUGAAAAAUAUAGAUUUCAGAUACACAAGUAUUUUAGAUCCUUUCUAUUAAGAAGUAUUACGACAUCGUCUGCAUAGCAGGCAAGUCUGUGUCCUUCCUCGGUUACGGUCCUUAAAAUACAUUUAUCGUAGUAUCCCAGAGUAAAUGGAACAAACAGUGUUGCCAUAUAUGAAAAUUUAUAUUCAUUUUAAAAUUUUUUUUGAGGUGGUGUGAAAAUUUUUAUACAAAAAAAAAAGAUUUUUAAAAAAUUGGAAACUUAAGGUUUUUUUACUCCAUCAAGAAUUAAUUUUCUCAAUAAUAUUGUUUAAAUUUCAGAAUUUAAUAAUCAAAUACAUUUAUAUUUGUCCAAAGAUAAGAUUAUACAAUGGGAGUCAGAAGGCUGAAAUAAAAUUAUAGAUUUAACAAAUGAUUGUAUAUAAAAUUUAACACAAUACAGCCCGAAUUUCCUUCCGAAUGACAAAACCAGAGCGAAGGAAAUCCUUUCAAUUUAACUUAUAGUUUCAUAGUAAUAUUUGCAAAUCUGAAAAGCAUUUUAGCUUUUAUUUAACUAUUUACAGUUAGGAUUUAAUUUAUAUACAUUUUUUGUAUAAACUUAUAUGGCAACACUGCGUACAAAUCGCAGUUUAUCGAUCUGUUUCUUAGCAUCGGUCAACAUAAAACUGAUAUAAGGAUUGAAUAAGAAUGUUAGUGUGUACAUUAUUGAAGGAGUUAAAUUAACAUUAAAAAUGACAAUGCAUUCUUAAGUUCGAAAUCUAAUUAAAAAAUUCGGAGAAUUUUGUCAAAUAAAAAAACUGUUCAUGAAAAUUGAAAUUUUCGUAUCGAAAUUAUUGUUUGUUUUUCGUAAUAUAUCAAUAAAAAAUAUUAAAUGCUACCGGAAAAUAGUUAUUAGAUUCAUUUUCUUUCGGCAGCUUAAUAUACAUCAAAUUUAGUAGACUUUUUUGUUUAAAAAAUUUCUUUAGCCUGUGCAAUUCUUUUAAAAUGCUUUUACUAUGUUUAAUUUUGGAAAUUAUAUUUUUUAUAAAUACCCCUUAUUUUUCUAUCAAAUUUGUUUGUUAAACAUUAAAAAAUUUAUUGAAAAAAUCGGCCUUACAUUUUUCUUUUCAAAGUGUUAACUUCCG